AUGAUUUCAGGUUGCUUGGCAUCAUCUCCUGCGGGCAGUGGCGUCCGCAGCGUGUGUCAGAGCAGCCUGGCGCACGUUCGCUUUCCGACGAACAGCGUGCUGCCUGCAGAUCGCGCUGCCUCCCCGAAGGGAUCGGCUGUGGUUUCGUAUUUCAUUUCCCUCUCACGCUACACCCGAAUUCCAGACGCUUUCUGGCUUCGCUGCUGCAUGGACUCUAGCGUAGGUCCUUUGCCGUACCCAGCGGAGGCAGACGGGGCUUCCCUCGGCUCCAGGGAGUGGACCAUGAAGACGUCAAUUGUAUUCUUGCUUUGCAUCUCAGUUUUCCCAGGCUUUUCCCAGGGCAGAGUUGUUAGAGAGGAUGAAACUGGUUUUGCCGAGUGUAACGUGUUCUUCCCUGGACAAGUCCCACCCGAAGGAUUUACGGAGCCGUUCCAUGUGAAAAUCUGUCAGCAGUACAACAAAGAGCCACGCUUUGCAACCCUCUACAGUACUAAGGACAAAAUCCCUCUUUAUUCAGCUUUUAAGUUUACAAAGCCAGCUCAAAGUGAGGAGGAGAACUGGCUGGUUGAACCGCAGAUAGAUGAUCCAGAAAAUGACUUGCAUGAAAUGGUGCAUGAAGCUGAUAUCGGUGGCACUGUGGCCAACCUUGGUGUAAAUCAAGCCCUGACCUCAGACUACAAGGGCUCUGGCUAUGAGAGAGGCCUUCUCAAUCCCAGUUUGCUUAAUGAGGAGGAUUUCCAAGUGGCCACUUACACACUCACGAACGCUGUCCCUCUGAGCCCAGCUCUGAGCAAAAGCUGGCACAGAGACAUUGGGAAGGUAGUAGAGCAAGCUCUGACCCCUCACUGUUCCAAGAUGGAUCAUCUAUAUCUCCUUGCAGGUGCAAUUCCUUCCAGUGUCCAAGUUAAUGGCAAGAUGUCAGUGCCAGAGAGCCUCUGGCUGGCAGCCUGCUGUGAUGCUCCAGAGGGAUGGUCCCUGGGACUAGUGAAAAAAAUCAGCGAUGAAAACAGCUUGGCAGACCUCACGGUGAGAGAGCUGGAGAAGCAGCUUCUACCAGGAGUUCACUUGUUCAAGGGCAACUGUGGGGAAAACAAACAAAGCCAGGAGAAAAGAGAAGCAGUAUUGCAAGUUGUCAGUGAGAUCUGUUCUGGAGAGCAAGUAGGAGCAAGUAACAACCAGGAGACCAAAGACAGUGGCUGGGUGAGAAGAGUGGCUGGCAUCAUUGCUACCCCUUUCAUCAAACUUCUGGAACUCCUCAUUUACAUCUUUGUGGAGCUGGUGAAAUUUGUGUUUUAUUUUCUGUGGCUUGUUGUAAAGCAAGUUGUUGGUACAAUUCUGAAUGGAGUCUACAGCCUGUGGAAUGGGAUCGUGUCCUACCUUAAAGCCAUCAGUAUGGUGCUCAUCAGCAUCCCCUAUGAUGUUGGGAGAGUCAUCAUCAACAUAUUUCUGGGCUUCCUCCAGAUUGUUCAAGAUGUGGUGUCCCUCACCUACAGGAUCCUGAGCAUCCCCGUGGGGUUCAUCCUUCACCUUGCUGCUUUCCCUUACCACUCCAUCUGUGCCAUUCCCUCUGUCCUUAAAGACAUGGCCACUGGGAUCGGGGGCACCUUCUUACUGGUCAUCGAUGCCACAGCCGCGGUUCUGCAUGGCUUUUAUUACCUAGCUGGUCACAUCGUUAAACGGAUUGUCCCUAAAGGCUCUUCUGAUGACUGAUAGGGACAGAAACCAAGGCUGCAGAUACAUGGAAUGAAGGAGGAGUGGAGCAAUGCUUUAAGAUACGUGGCCAAAUGCUGUCAAUUUCAUUCUGGUAUUUAUUGUAGUGACAUUAAUAAAAAUGAACUGACUGGGGAAUAACUAGGAGGCCCAAGGCAAUGCCACUUGGGGCCACCACCACUGUAACUCGAGUUCUGUCUGUUGUAAAAUGUUCGGGUUUAAUCGGUGCAGGCCACAAAGUUUCUGUGAUUUGCAGGUGUCAAGAUGCUUCUUCUGGAAAAUGCACACUAAAUGUGGUACGAGGUAAUUUCUUUCUGGCUGUGAUGACACUGAGACUUAUGCAGUGGCAGUGAGUUCUGCAGAAGCCCAUCCCUUCCAAGGAGCAGAUGGUGGUGGUUAGGGGGAGGACAGGAGUUACAGAGGGUUACUGGGACUUGAUGAAAGGAGAAGGAGGCAAGACUGCAAGGAUUUGGGGCUGGAAAACAGCAGGGAGCAGGGUGGAAUGAGGGCAAGGUCCUGCUGUUGGCUGCAUUGCUCAUUUCUUUGGUGUCCCACUGGUAGAGGGGAUGCAGCUGGCUGUAUCUCAUAGUCUUCAGGCCUUUCCAGACAUCUGAAAUUGUAUGGAUCUUGCUUCAAGGAAAGACCCACUGACCAUUUUUUUUGCAUGAUGGGAAAGCAUUUUUCCUUAGCCAUACCAAGGUCAUCUUCCCCCAACCCUUCCUUCCUGUCUGGUGACCACUGAAGGUCUGAACCCUGAGUCUUCAAGAUGUGGUAGUCUCUGAAGGUUCUAAGCCCAUGAAUGUCUUAGCCCUGAAGCCCUCCUGUCUGUUCACAAUUCUCAGCAGAUCUGGGAGCCACACUUUUGGAUUCAAAUCUGUUGCCACCUGCCUUGUCUCCCUUGAGAGCUGACUGCUCCUGAAGCAUGGGGGGACCAUGGACUGUCAGGUGGGAGGAGAGGCAGAAGGGAUCCUGGGCUGCAGCGCUUGUUUUGCUGUUUGAAGACCCACCUGGUGAGCCUACACACACACAGACACCUUAAUGUCAGAGGUGGAACCAGCUCCUCUUCUGUACUGCUCAUCCUCUUUGCUCACUCUUCACCUCUUCUUCUCUCUGCCAGCAUGAGCCAUGUCCCCAGCAUCUGCGACACUGGAGCUUGGGCACACAUCAGGGCUUUGCAGGGGACCAGCAAGUGUUUGCAGCCAGAUGAGGGGGACAGAGACAUCUGCCACUGCUGGAGAAGAGCACAGGAGUGCUGCCCUUCCCUAGGGCUUGGCUCAUCAAGGGCCUUUGGAUCUCUUGGUGCAGUUGGCUGCAGGAGGGAGGCUUCCUGUCUCAGCAGCAUUUACUUUGGCUGGACUCCAAGAGGCAUUUGGUAGUCCUUCAUACGUGGUUGCUUCCUCUCACACCCAUCUGUGUCUCUCCCUCCAGUGCCAGAUUGGUGUGGAUCCCUGAUCUACCAUAGCAUCCCAUAAUGAGUCUCAGGAGUGAGCAAGCUGGUGCUGCCAUCUCAGUGCUGUGUUGGUGGUGGCCUGUCCUGGGUUGAAGAAAACUCAGUUACUAACAUGGCAGUUUUGCCUCCCUGUAUCAUGUAUCCUGCAGCAAGACUGAGCUGGCAUGGAUGGAUUUAGAGGGAAAAGGAGAUUUGGCUGGUUCAUGAUGGGACAGAGUUGUUUCUUUAGCUCAGGGGCUGUGUUCAAUGCAACCAGAUGUGUGUGCCAGCCCAGCACACCUUGGCCUGGUGGCAUUCUGUUCAGCAGUGAUGCAAGUGGAAAGCUGGGGAUGCCAAUGAUGGUGACGAAGUGGGGAAGCAGUGGCACGAGUGGAAAGAGAGGAGGAUGAUUCCUUGACUCACCCUUCAUGGGCCACUGCUGGUUUAUGGAGAAAGAGAGGCUGUCUGCAAGCAGAACUGGCUUUGCUCAAAAGGAAAGGCAGCUUUUGUGUGCCAGUAUGGGUUGUAGUUGGGUAAAGUCUGUGGUGUUUUGCUAUAGGAAUGCUGAGUACAAGGGGAAGGGUCACUGCUCCUAACUGAACUUUGCAUGUCUGCACUCAAACAUGCCUGGUCUGCUGUUAAGACAGCUGUGGAGCUGAUUUCCCACUCCUUCAUGAGGCCCUGUCUCAAUCCUGGUACUCCUCUAGGGCUAUGUGGCAGCUGUCAAGGCAGGAAAGAAGCCAGCUCAAACCCUAGGGGAUGCUAGGAUGGGGUGAGAGGGGCCCCAGGAUCCCCAGCAGCCUCUGAAGGCAGAUGUGAUGGCAGCAGCUCUCAAGUGCAGCCCGAGCACUGGGGAGAAGAGGUAGCUGCUCCCACAGCUGUCUUGCACCUUCUGUGUGGCCUUAUUUAUGACCCAUCUUCACUGUGUGGCACUGCACAGCAGCCAGCCACGCAGUUCCUGGGGCUCUGUACCCAGAGCAGCUUCCCUGCACCUGAACUCAGCAGUUCCUGCAUCCCAGGUCCACCAGCAUCUCCUGUGCAGCUCUGCAGAUGCAGUGAUGUGGGAGCUCACGUGCUGAUAGGCAGCAAAGCUGAGGCACCUCAGGAGGUCUGCAUUGUCAAUUUGCCACCACUGUUGCUGCUCCUCCUAGCUUGGGCCAGCAUGUCUCCGCUGUAGCCAUGACUUCUCACAGCAAGUGUACAAUCCUUGAAAUCUAAGGUGCAGCAGCUCUAUUGGAUUUGGGCAGAUGUGCAACAGUAUUAUUAAAAUUGUCUUAACAUGCUCAGAUUUUAAAUGCUAAGAACAGUAACUGGCAUGGGGCAUUUCUCUUCUAUGCUGCAUGUCUGAGCAGGCAGUGGGAAAUCCUGAACAUCAAGCAAUUAUCACAGAACAAGCAACAUCCCGCAAAAAACCCACUGUUUGAGAUUCUUCUUAUCUAGGCAUGAUUUAUGGCUCCUGAGCUUUACUCUCUCCUUGGAAACUUAUGGCUUCAACAGAAUAAAAUUACUUUUCCUAAGAGAGGCUGGUAUC